ACACGGAAGUGCAUAUCAGGGCACUCUCUUGACCCUCCUGAACGCUUCCGCUGCAGGUCUCUGUAUCUAACUUUGCUUCAUUCAGGAGUCGUUGUUAGCUUCAUAUAAUGUCAAAUAAAACCAUAACACGUCCAGGUGUUGGGGUCGGGGUGCUGGUAACCGACUCAGCCCACCCAGGCUGUGUCCUCCUCGGGAAAAGGAAGAGCGUCGUGGGCAGAGGGAUGUACCAGCUCCCCGGUGGUCACCUGGAGUUUGGAGAGCAGUGGGAGGAGUGUGCUCACAGAGAAGUGCUGGAGGAAGCAGGAGUGUAUUUGGUGAACGUCCACUUUGCCUCGGUGAUAAACUCCAUCAAACUGGAGGAGCAGUACCACUACGUCACUAUCAUCAUGCAAGGAGAACUGGACAGGGGGAAGUCUGAGGAGCCCCAAAACCUGGAGCCGGAGAAGUGUGAAGGUUGGACGUGGACUCAAUGGGACCAGUUUCCUCCUGAGGAGCAGCUCUUCUUGCCUCUAGCGGGGUUGAGACAACAAGGAUUCACGCCAUUCAGGAAUCAAGUAACAACCACUGACACUUCGCAAUGCACCCUACCUCAAAGGAUUUAACAGACACUUCCCUUUAAAACUUUUACACUGAC